CAAAACAAUUACAAAAAAUAUCUCAACUUAGACUCACUGGAACUUGAAAAUAAUGAUAAAUAGUCAUGCUCGUUAGCUUUGAGUCUCAGUCUGAAUUUAUACAAUGAACAACGGUGAUUUAUAUUUAAGAAAUAAUGACGUUCAGCGUCGCGAUUCAAAGGAAGUGAUCGAUGAAUUUUCACAUCAUUUUAAAUGGAAAUACGACGGAAUGGAUAAGAUGUUAGAUAUUGGUUGUGGAACUGGAGAUGUUUUAUAUGAUUUUGUGCUGCCGGAAGUACCUAAAAAUAUUCAAAAAAUUAUCGGCAUCGACAUUUCUCAAAAAAUUCUUGAAUGUGCAAGAGAAAAUUUCGGAAGUGAAUCGAUGGAAUUCCAUCAAGCAGACAUUUCAAGUAUUUCAUGUUGUCAAAAUUUUGGCAAUGAGGAAUUUGACAACAUAACAUCAUUUUACUGUCUUCAUUGGAUUCAGAAUCAAAAACAGACGUUCGCCAACAUUCAUAAACUUCUCAGACCUAAUGGCGUUGCGAUAAUUAAUUUCUUGAUAGAAACUCCACUUUUUGAUAUUUAUGAGCGGCUAUCGAAAUUUAAGAAGUAUAGGGAAUAUAUGAAGGAUGUUAAACAAUUCAUAUCACCAUAUCAUCAUGAAGAACAGCCACUUGAGAUGGUUAGGAAGUAUUGUAAAAAUGCUGGCUUUAUAAUCAAUCAUAUGGAGAUUCGAGAGAAGAUUUACUUCUAUCGAGAUGAACAGCAGUUAAAAGAAGCUCUCAAAUCAGUCAAUCCAUUCACCAAGCGAAUGCCGCAAAAACUACAACAAAACUUUAUCGAUGACUAUGUGAAGCUUGUCGGCGAAAUCACAGAAAAUCGCUUUCAUAACGAUGAGAAAAUAAUUUCACGCUAUAGAUUACUAAUAGCUGUUUUAACACUUCUUGUUCAUCCAUCAGCUUCACUUUACGAAAGUGAUGAAAAUAUUGCAUUACUGACAUCAAAAAAUUUCGAUGAUCUUGUCGUCAAGUCAAGCAACAUGUGGGUGGUUAUGUUCUACUCAUCUCGAUGUCGGCAUUCAAUCAGCAUAGAUCAAGAGUUUAGCAGAAUUGCAAGACGAUUGAAUUAUCAUUUCUUUGUUGGUGCUGUCGAUUGUUUGAAGGAAAAAGAAGUUUGUUAUAGACUAUAUAGAAUUAGUGGAUAUCCAUCUAUUGGUUUUUUGUAUGACAAAUUAAUUAUUGAUUUUCGUGGUGACAUUAAUUUUGUGGAUGUUUCGAAUGCUGCUUUUAGCGCUUUUAAUGAAUAUGUUGAUUAUUUUAGUUGA